AUGUCAAAGGGAAAUUUCACGCGUCAGGUUCAAGUUUUGUCAGAUCAUCAAAAUCCGAACCUCCUCCAGGGUGCAUGCCCCGCAAACUUUGCCGCUUGUGGCGGUCUUGGUGAUGGUCUUGCCCGCGCCCGGGCAGGUGCUGCUGCUGUUGUUGUUGGUGCUGCUGCUGCUGCCGCCGCCGCCGCCGCCCACGCAGGGAGUCGUAGUGGUAGUGGUGGUAUUGGACACCGGGGAGCCGCAUUUGCGGCAGAGGUUGCAAUGUUAGAAGGGCUUUCCGAUAGUCUGGCAAGAAGUUUCGCGAAGGAAACUGAACAAAUUGGGGACAGGGUGGAAGGGGCGGGAGUGGUACUUACUGUGGAGGCGAGAGUCUUUGCUGUUGUCACUGCUACUGCUUGGGCUGUUGCUGCUGCUGCUGCUCUGGUAAGGUUGAACUUGGUGGUGAGGGUGAAGAAGGAGAAGAGGAAAGGAACGAAACCGAGGGAGGAGAGGGUCUUUUAUCUUCCUCCAGGUGGGAUGGACAAGUGCUCGGGUAAACCUAUUGUGAGAAGGAACAGAAUGAAGUCCCUGAGUCAACCUGCAAAGAAACUUGCGUGUGUUUCAUCCCAACUCAGCAGACCGGUCACGUAUGCAAGGUUCGAAGGAAAGAACACCCUUGAGGAAGGUACGAUAACUGCUCACGGACAGUCUGCUCCAGGCAUUCAAGUGUGUGGUGAUUGGGAAAGCAGUCUUUGA